AUGAACUUGCUUUCUUUUUGGACUGUUGAUCGCGGCGGGAUGGCGGCGACCGGGGAACGAAGUCGGAGCAGAAUUGCGACGGUUGUUCUUCUACUUGUACUGUCAUUCUCAUCCGUAUCCCUGGCAUACCGGCCGGGAGACAUCGUUCCGAUGAGCAAGAUGGGACAAUACCACUCGUCCAGAACCAUGUGGCACGAUAUGAUCGGCAAGCAUUGUCCCAUUUUUGGCGUUAAUCGCGAGGUUUUGGUUCCAAUCGCCAAGCCCACAGGUUAUACGGGUGCAGAUCCUUACAAGAUAUCCUUUCAAGUAGGAAGGGAAAAAUAUCAAACUCCGUGGCUUUACGUGAUUAAUAGGAAGAGUUCCGAGGUUCCUAUGAUUGAUGUGCAUUUGAGGUAUGCAGGUGGUGAUUUGCAUGGGAUCACUGCUAAAGUUGUAGAUAUGCCUCAUCACUAUGUGGAAAUUCAUCCCAAUAUCCGUAAACAAUUUUGGGAUCCUCAGCAUUGGCCCAAGCAUGUUCUUGUGAGAUACACUUGGGAGGAGCAUUCUGACAUUGAUGUGACUGCUGGUUUUUAUGUUUUGUUCGGAUCAGGCGUUACGAUGUCUUUCAUUCUCUCAAUUUACAUCCUGCAGUCAUCACGGGACAAAUUGGCAAGAUUUGUCAGGGAGACUGUUGGAGAAGGCGGCAUUCCCUCUGGAGUCAUUGCAAAGGUUGAAUGA